GCCAUGACGACGACAACAAUCAGCAUCAGUCUGGAUGCGACCGAGUCCAACUAUCCCCCAGUGACAAGCACUUCUACCGUCACAUCAUACAUGCCGCUCACCACGGUCUUUACGCCCCCCUCAGGAUGUGAAAACUCAUUUCGCCUCGACGGGCCCAGUCUGAUGGGCUGGGAUCCGGGAUACAUGCUUGACGUUAACUCCGACGCUCGCUGCUGUCCCCCGCAGAUGGUUACUUGGUGGGAGCAAGCGCUAUUGGGUGGGGGAGGGACAGAUGCGACGGAGAUGAGCAUCGGGCCUUUCACGGGUCCUGAAUCGUGGCCGACUGUGGCAUCGUCGAUCUACAAUUCAUACAGCACGCUGUGGAUGUGUUGUCCUUCUGGAUACUUCCUCUCCCAGGGAACAGUCGGCGAAGUCAUCGGACGGUGUCUAUCCAGCGUCUACUCCGGCAUGACACUCACAUACGCCUCAACACCAUUAAACAACCACACGGACUGGACAAUAGUCACCACUACCCUAACCACCGACUCAACAGUCGGCGCAAUCGACAUCGUCGGCUGGGAGAUCAAGUAUCCGGUCACCGUCGCCGCGACAGCCACGUCCACAUCUACCGGGGAUUCAACAGCAUCCACAUCCACAUCCACAUCAUCCACCCUUCCUACAUCAAUCGAAGACCAAUCUUCAAAUUCGGACAAUGGCAUCUCCACAGCCAGCAAAAUCGGAAUCGGCAUAGGCGCGGGAGUGGGUGCCGUGGGUAUUAUUGCAUUGUUACUUGCGUUUUAUCUGUUUCACCAGCGGAAGAAAUUGGCUAUGCAGUCACGUCAGCCGGUAGCGGCGUACGAGUAUUAUCCCCCCGUCGUGAGAAAUUCGAGGCCGACGGAGCUGCAGGGCUUUCGGGGUAUGCCUGGGGAUGCUUGGGGUUCGCCGCCGGUUGAGAUGGGGGCGAGGUAG